UUACAAGUAAAUUUCAAAAGCAAAACUUCUUGUGUAGAAGAAUUAAAAGCGAUUUCACUCUAGUGUAAAAGAGAAAGUCAUUUAAGCAUUAUGAAAGUUUCAAUUCUUAUCGCUUUAGCGUGUUCGAUUAGCAGUGCAUUUGGUGCUGGACCUUUGGAUGCAGUCACUAAUAUUGUUGGAGGUGUCUUAGGCGGAGGUGCUGGUGGCUCUCCACUGGACGCUGUGACUAGUCUCGCAAAAGGUGGCGUAGCUCCCCUGGAUAGCAUGACAGGUAUAAUGAAAGGAGUUGGACUGGACGAAGUUACUGGUAUCCUCAAAGGUGGAUCAAAAGGUGAUACUGGAUCAAUUAGCAGUGCAUUUGAUAAGCGAAUGAUUGUGCUGGACCUUUGGAUGCAGUCACUAACAUUGUUGGAGGUGUCUUAG